GUGCAUAUAGUUUGUUGCAUGUAUUUCGACGAAUCAUAAUCGUCUAUCAUUAUUUCUAAUUGUUUAGUCCUAGUAUACAAGAUUUAGAAAAUAAAAUACCUGCAUUUUAAUCUUUAAGGGUUAUGUAAAUUAGGUUAUAGUACCAUGUCCAAAAGUAUAACCAAUUCUAUAUGUAAAUUCUGUUUUAUUACUCAAAAUAUGUAGUACCCCAUAUUUAUCCUAUGUAUAAUAGAACUUUCCACAUAUAUUUUUUUUUCAUUGAAUACUCCACUCACAGUCUCACACAUAUAAAAGAUUCAAUAUGCUAAGAAACAUUCGAAUUCAAAAAUAAAAAAUACAAAUUGUUGGAAGGGUUCUUAUUUUGCGAUACCAUUUUAUUAGUGACCUCAAACUAAGUGAGCUUUUCUGUCAUUAAUCCAUGAUUACGCACACGAUAUAGGGUUAGGCCAGAUAAAGAAGAUUCAAGUUUAAAGGCCCUUUGAUUAUUCUCAUGGGCUGUCCUAACAGCCACCAGCCCAGUAUUGGGGUUGCAAAUUUCUGGGAUGGGUUUUUACAAUUAGGCCCAAAGAAAGACCCAAUCAAUAUUGGCGCGUGUUUCAACUUUCAACAAGUGUCGAUGGGACGUUACAUUUCCUAUCCAUCAACUCCUGGCGGGAAAAUUCAGUCCCCUUCUACACUGCUUCUUCACAUUUCACGCAUUUUAGGUUUUCGACAGACGAAAAAAAUAUCGUCGGAGUUGCUUACAUGGCUACUUCGCCGCCGCCGAAGCGUAGACGGAAAAACGCAGGCGCAAAGGUCACAUCAUCAUCGCCGUUGCCGUUGCUGCCGCCGGUGGUCGUGUUCGCCCACGGAGCUGGUGCUCCGUCGUCUUCUGAUUGGAUGAUUAGGUGGAAGGAGUUGUUGAAGAAUGCUAUGGGUGCUAUUGAAGUAGUCACUUUUGAUUAUCCCUAUUUGUCUGGUGGGAAGAAGAGGGCUCCUCCAAAAGCGGAGAAAUUGGUGGAGUUUCACAAGGGUAUUGUUAAAGAGACCACUGAGAAGUAUCCUAGACAUCCUCUGAUUCUAGCUGGCAAAUCUAUGGGAUCAAGGGUGAGCUGUAUGGUGUCCGCCGAGGCAGACAUUGCAGCUUCGGCGAUACUAUGCUUGGGAUACCCACUCAAGGGUAGUAAGGGAGCGAUUCGGGAUGAAACACUUGUGCAACUUAAAGUCCCCAUCAUGUUUGUUCAGGGUAGCAAGGAUGCCCUGUGCCCCCUGGAAAAGCUGGAAGCAGUUCGCAAGAAGAUGAAGUGUGAAACUGAGUUGUAUGUUGUAGAUGGAGGAGACCACUCCCUCAAGGUGGGGAAGAAGCAUCUACAGGCAAAUGGGUUAACCCAAGAAGAAUCUGAAAUGAAUGCUGUGGAGGCUGUUGGCUCAUUCAUUUCCAGUUGUCUUAAGCAGUAACUAGAAAAGGUUCCUUUUAGUAACUUUCGCCCCCCCCUUUUGGAAAUCCGACAUCCAUGGUUGCUUAGCUCUUUGGUCUUUUGGCUGUAUGUGUAGAUAAGUUAAAGGGUCUGUGGAUGGGUGGUGUUUGUUUUUGCUUUCUUGUUGGAAUCACCGUUGUUGUGUAGGGUUGUGUUAGCUUUGUAAUCUUGGCUUUUCCUCUGGCUGAGUGGCUGUGCACUUUGUUAAAGGGUUGUUACCUUCUUACUUUCAGGCUGUACGGGCGGUUAAAUAGUUCGGUUAACAGAACGGCUAAUCACAAAUAAGAAACCUGUUUAUCCUGAUAGUUACCGUUUUUGUAAUCGAAUUGAAAUUGUUAAGGGUAUUGGGGCUUGAGUUAAAGUCCUUAAAUCUCAUUUUUUAAGGAGAAUCUUAAAGCCUUCCUAUUGGCUGAUAGUGGAUUAGGUAGUUAAUAAUGGUUAGUAGUUAAUAGGUAGUUAAGGGUAAAUGGGGUAAUGCAAAUAUAAUUAAUUAAUGAUUCUCUUUCUCUCUCCUCCCAUGAUUUUCUCCAUAACCCUCUUUCUACAUUAUAAUUAAAAAAUAUAUGAAAUUAAUUUUAUUUAAUAUUAAUAAAAUCCGAAUUUAAUAGUUUUCUUUUUCUAAAAUGGAAAUCUGAAAUUUAAAAUAUAUGCCUCUUUCACAUCUUGGCAACUUCAGAUUAGUAUUAAGUAUUAACAUAUUGUAAUGGCAUUAUCAAUAUUUAUAAAUUGAAUCAUCAUUAGGGCUUUUUGUUGCAUGGGUUUGAGAUUUUUCGUUGUUAGGUAUUCAUUUGUGUUAUUAUUAAUGUUGUUCGACAUGUUUUUUAAUAAUUUUAUAUGACAUUAUUAACUUUUUAUGUUAUGUUUUGUUUGUAACAUUAGCAAAAGUGAAAUUGUGUGUUUCAAUUUGUUGAACCUUAAAGUUUAUUUACUAUUACAUCGUAUUAUCAAUUUGGUUCGCAAUGAUUUAUAAUCAUUUGAAGUGCUAUUAUCAAUGUUUUUCUUCCAAGCACAAUAGAACCAUUAGCAAAAAUUUAUUUCAUUUGUAAGAUUGCUUAUGUUAAGUGAUUUGAAUUAUUAAUAUGUUUUCGUUUAUGUUUGUAACUUUGUCAAAUGUCAUUAUCAAGAAGCAUACUUGUUAGGUAUUCGUUUGUUUAUGACAUUAUCAAAAGUGAAUUUACGUUUAAUGUGAUAACUGUGGUUAUUAAUCUUUCAGUCUAAGUUAGUAACUUAGUUGGUGUCAUUAUUAAUAGGUGUGUAUAAGCAUUAUCAAUGUUUGAAAAAUAAGAUAUUGAUAAUAUCUAACAAGGUAAUUAAAAAUCAUUAGUUGCUAUCAUUAUUAAAGUUUUUGGAUGCAUUAUCCUUAAACACAUGUUACUUAUUAAUGCGUUUUUAGUGCUAUUUGACAUUAAACAUUGCAUCUGAAUGUUAUUAAUAUUUUUAUUACAAAAAUCUAUUUCAUUCUCAUUGACUUGAUCAAUCAAUAUUAGUUUUUAAUAUCUUUAUUAAAAUUUUGACGUCAUUUAUAAUGUUGAAGUCUAACAUUUUUACAUCGAUGUUUUGUGUUUAUUUUCAACAAAAUACUUUUUCAUUAUCAAUGAUUUAUAGGAUUGUUAUUAAAAGUUUGGUGUUGAGGUGUGAAUGUUGGUUUGUUUGAGCUAAUAUUUUUUUGGACAAUGUUUGUUUGACUGAAUCACACAGGUGCACUAUGUCACAAGUACCCAAGAUGUUGAAAAUCAGUAUUGUGCUUUAUGAUCAUUAAGAAUGAUAAUGCAAAGCAAUAUUAAUUGAUCAUAAAACGUUAAUAAUGUCAAUACGAAGUACUCGAAUAUUAUCCAAAAGUUACUAAUUUUGAUUAUGUAUUGGCGUUUAGUUUUGGUCUUCUUCUGUGUUUAGUGCAAAUCAAUUUUAAAUUGAUAA